AUGUCAGCCUACUACAGGAAUAACAGCCUCAACGGCGACACAGAGCACCCUGACUAUUCAAGGUCUCAAGGCCGUACUCGAGGGCAUUUAAAAACUCAGGAUUAUCCAGACUUCUCAGGUCCUCAGGACAAUCCAGCGUAUCCCAGCACCAGGAACAAUCCAUUCUCUGCAGGCUUCAGAACAAAUCCAGACUAUCCUGUGUCUCUCACAGAACCAGAUUAUCCUGGAUCUCCAAAUAAACCAGAUUAUCCUGGUGCCAGGAACAAUCCCUAUUCUGAAGAUUCCAGAACAAGUCCAGACUAUCACAGAUCUCUGCCAGAGCCAGAUUAUAUUGAAUCUCAGAGCCAGCCAUACCAUCCAGGCUCAUCCAGAGAACCAGAUUACCCUGGAUCUCAACGAAAUGCUGAAUUUGCGAGUUCCAGAAGUAGUGGAAACUACCCAGGUUCCAGGAUAAACCCAGGUUAUUUGGGAUCCCUGGCAAAUCCUGACUACCCAGGAGCACAGGGUAACUCUAACCAUUCUGGCCCCAGAGCCAAUUCCAACCAUCCAGGCUCAAGAAGGAAUCAAGAACCUGCUGGUUCCAGAAUCAAUUCAUAUAUAGACGACCCGGGAGAGCCUGAUUAUCCAGGUGCUGAGAAUCAAACUGACUUUCCACACAUUUGGGGGGAACCAGACUAUCCCAGUGCUGAGGAUUAUCGGAAUUCUCCAAACAUUUUUGGGGAACCUGAUUACCCAGGAGCCGAGAGUAUUCAUGGUUAUGGCCCUUCUGAGACCCGGGAAAUGACCAGGAGCUUGCUCAGUAAAACAUCUUCAACCCUGCCCUCAUUCCAUUGCAGGAGUAAUGCCUCCUUGGGCGUCCUUAGGAGAGAGAGUGAAGAUUACCCUGGAAGUUUUGAAAUGACGUCCAUGGAGAUGGCAGAUCCACGCGACCCAUCUCUGCCAGGUGCUCCUGGAAAGGGCUAUGUGAACCCUGCGUAUGUGGGCGAAGGUGGCCCUGUCUGUGCCUAUGGAAACCCACCGCUGUCUGCAGGUGAUUGGCACAAGUCACCUGAAGGACAAAAGUUAAUAGCAUCCCUGAUCCCCAUGACAUCCAGGGACAGAAUCAAGGCCAUCAGGAACCAGCCCAGGACCAUGGAAGAGAAGAGAAAGCUGAGAAAAGUGGUUGACAAAGAGAAGAGCAAACAGGGUCCCCGUGCCCUGGAAGUGGCCUGCUGCACCCGGUGUCUGCACACCUUCUCUCUGGUCUACCGGAGAUCCAAGAACAGCAUCUCUGAGCUCCUCAACACCACCAGCCUGUGGCAGAAGACGCUCAAGGUCAUCGGAGGCAAGUUUGGAACCAGCGUCCUCUCCUAUUUCAGCUUUCUGAGGUGGCUUUUGAAGUUCAACAUUUUCUCCUUCAUCGUGAACUUCAGCUUCUUGGUUAUUCCCCAGCUGACAGUGGCCCAGAAGAACACACUCCAGUUCACGGGGCUGGAGUUUUUUACGGGGGCGGGUUACUUCAGGGACACGGUGAUGUACUACGGCUUCUACACCAAUUCCACCAUCCGGCACGGGAGCAGCAGGCUGGCCUACAACAUGCAGCUGGCGUACCUCUUCACCAUGGGGGCCUGCUUGGUCACCUGCUUCUUCAGCUUGCUCUUCAGCAUGGCCAAGUAUUUCCGGAACAACUUCAUCAACCCCCACAUUUACUCCAGAGGGAUCGCCAAACUUAUCUUCUGCUGGGACUUUACUGUCACGCACGAAAAAGCCGUGAAGCUGAAACAGAAGAGUCUGGGCACGGAGAUAAGGGAGAACCUGUCAGAGAUCCGACUGGAGAAAACCAAGCUCACCUUCCACCAGCAGCUCACGCGCCUGUCUGCCCACGUGGCGGCCUGGCUGGUGUCCACUGGCAUGGCCAUCGCCUGCUGUGUCGCCGUCUAUUACCUGGCCGAGUACAACUCCGAGUUCCUGAAGACGCACCAGAACCCCGGAGCCGUGCUGUUACUACCCUUCCUUGUGUCCUGCAUCAACCUAGCUGUGCCUCGCUUAUACUCCAUGCUCAGGCUGGUGGAGAGGUACGAGCUGCCCCGGCACGAGGUCUACAUCCUCCUGAUCCGAAACAUCUUUCUAAAAAUAUCCAUCAUUGGAAUUCUUUGUUACUACUGGCUCAACAUCGUGGCCCUGUCCGGUGAAGAGUGUUGGGAGACCCUGAUUGGCCAGGAAAUCUACCGGCUCCUCCUGAUGGACUUCGUGUUCUCUUUAGCGGAUUCCUUCCUGGGGGAGUUUCUGAGGAGGAUCAUUGGGAAGCGGUUCAUCACAAGCCUUGGCUUACAGGAAUUUGACAUUGCCAGGAAUGUUCUAGAGCUGAUCUAUGCACAAACUCUAGUGUGGAUUGGAAUGUUCUUCUGUCCUCUGCUCCCCUUCAUCCAGAUGAUCACCCUCUUCACCAUGUUUUAUGUCAAAAACAUCAGCCUGAUAGUGAACUUCCAGCCCCCGAGCAAAGCCUGGCGGGCCUCCCAGAUGAUAACCGUCUUCAUCUUCCUGCUCUUCUUCCCGUCCUUCACUGGGGUGCUGUGCACGCUGGCCAUCACCAUCUGGAGACUGAAACCUUCAGCCGACUGCGGCCCAUUUCGAGGUCUGCCUUCCUUCAUUUACUCUGUCUACCGCUGGAUCGACACCCUGAGCGGGCGGCCUGGCUACCAGUGGGUGGUGUGGAUCUAUCACAACCUCAUCGGCAGCGUGCACUUCUUUUUCAUCCUCACACUCAUCGUGUUAAUCAUCACCUAUCUUUACUGGCAGAUCACAGAGGGAAGGAAGAUUAUGAUCAGGCUUCUCCAUGAACAGAUCAUUAAUGAGGGCAAAGAUAAGAUGUUCCUGAUAGAGAAGUUGAUCAAGCUACAGGAUAUGGAGAAGAGAGCGAACCCCAGCGCACAGAUCCUGGAAAGGAGGGAGGUGGAGCAACAAGUGCCUUUGCAUUGGGGGGAACAGGCUGCUGCUGCUCCUGACCUGCGAUUCAGGCGAUCAUUUCAAGAAGAUAAUCGAAAGGUGUGA